UCCGUUCAAGAGCGUCUCUGUUCUGCUAAAUGAGACUUGGAAAUCAGCAACGUUUCGCUUCGCCUCUUGGCUCCGCCGGCAAGAAGGACAACGAAUCACAGCAGCAGCGACUAGAUUUCAAUUCGUCUCUAGCUGGUGCCCAUGAAGAAUCCGCCACACAGCGGAGAUACGGACUCGAGGCCAAAACAGCACAAUAGCUCGGCACACAUGACAGCCACCACAUCCGUAUUAAAGCCGCCGGAGCUCUCGAUCUUCCCGGCCUUCACGCCCGAUCCGAUUCGACUGGCGGAACUCAAAGGUUCGUCGGUUUAUUCGCCGCCCGUGUCACCAACGAGGGCAGAAGCACGAGAGCUUUUUGCCUCAAUCGAUAGGAAUCAGACAUUUUUCGAGCUAUUGGAGGCACGUGGACUAACUUUGGACUCGACUACCGACAACUCGGCCAUCGACAUAGCCAACGACAGAAUUGACGCCGUGCACUGCGUAGAUGGGAGAAGAAGAACGCUACUGCAUCAAGCUUGCAGAUGUGGAAAUGUACAGGUAGCUAAGUGUCUGUUAUUUCAUGAAGCCAACGCGUCGGCGAGGUGCCGAGAUGGCCGUACGCCAUUCCACGAGGCGGUUUCGUCGGCUACAGGGAAGACGGUGCUGGAGCUGCUGAAAUUACUGUUUGAGCAUGAUCCAGAGGGGAUUUCUAUUGUUGAUGCGAAUGGAUCGCACGUGCUGCAUCUCGCAGCGAUUCAUGGCAAUCUUGACGUGAUUAAGUGGUGUUCUGGGCUAGUAGUUGAGACUUCUGGUAGGCGAUCUGUGAAGAGCUCGGGACCAAGUUCUAGGUAUUUGACGAACCUGGGAAUUACCUCUUUGAGUGGACGCAGUAUGCUACAUUACGCUGCAUAUAAUGGUCGCUUGGAUGUGAUAAAGUGGCUGCUUGGGGACGAUAAUCCGCGUCGUGGUGAACUUUCGUUGGGAGCGUUGGAUGUAAAUGAAUACUCCGUUCUGCACUACGCUGCGAUGGGUGCACCACUGGAAGUUUGCGAAUGGUUAGUGCUAGAAGCUCCAGGGCGACAUCAACUCAGUUUUACAGGACGCACAAGUGAAGGCAAGACGGCAUUACAACUGGCAUCAACACGACCGUCUUCCAUUCGACAUUUCCUGGCCGAGAUAUCAAAAGUGCCCUGCGUGCCAUCAGGAUUGCGUUGUAUAGGAGCUGACACAAUGUCGCUGGGUAUCGGGUGGAAUAUGGAGCCAGCUUCUAACGAUACCAGACUAUGGGAAGUAUUGAAGCCGAUGUAUUUUCAUUUGGAGAUCUGCAAGAAACCUGCCAGUCUGUCAAGUGCCAGUGGUUUUCUCACUAUGCUCAUGCUCAUGCCAUCGACAUCACCAGGAAGUCCACGAGCGCCACGAGCUGUAACAUCUGCGCUAAUGACGGCAUCGUCCUUGCUAAACUGGGAACCAUUGGGCGUGUUGUUGCAGCCAGAGGCACGUGAACACUGGUUGUGUGGCCUUGAACGGGACAUGGAGUAUCUGGUGCGGAUGCGUGCACGCAAUUGCAACGGCUUUAGCGGCUACACUGUGCCCAAUCUAUCUGGAGUUUUCACGACUAGUGACGGCGGUCGACGUCGAAGUCUCUCGAAUCUCCAGCGAUUCUUUGGGGCUCUCAAAGAGGAUCCUCCGGUGGAGUCCAUUGCUUUAUCAUUCAUUGGAGACUUGCAUUUCGAGCUGCUGGAGGCUCGAGGUCUGCCUCGUGGUUCUCAUGCGGUGACACCAACAAGUCCAGGUCUCAUUAAUAAGCCACCUCCAGAACGCUAUUACGCUGUCGUUGAGAUCGAGACGCCAUUGACUCCUGAUGUUGAGUGCAGUGGGGAAUCCUGUAGCAGUACUAGACUCAUUUACUGUGUGCGCUCUCAGCUUUCAACGCUGCAACAGGACUUGGUUUUGUCAGGGAGUUCACAGGUACGGCGUCACCCGCGAUUUCCCCUUUGUAGUGUGUUUCGAGCACCUGAAUCAAUAGCACAUACUCAAGUGACCAUCGCAAUCAAACACGAAAACCAAGAUCAGAGCGAAUCUUGUUGUGUGGGGAAGAUCACAUUGUCGUUGUUGGAUCUGGUUCAAGGAAUGCCAGCCAAAAUGCAGUGGCUACAUUUGGUUAACGUGAGUGAUCCUGAGACGAAUGUUGGGCUGGUUCUCCUUCGCACGUUGUUUCUACCGAAUGGUGUAUCGGAACUGCCCCACCCAACGCUACCAAAUACUUAUGGGGCAACAGCAGAGGAGUUAUUAACUACAUCGCAAUAUCUACCACCAGGACAACGUGAUGAAAAAGGUGGAUCACCUCCCGGUUCAUCGUCUUCGACAACAUCAACAUCAUCGUCGUGUUCUUCCCAGUUUUCGCACGGUUCGAUGCUCCUCGACCGUUUGGGCUUCGGAGUGUUUGACCCUGAGUUACAGCUUCGAAGUGGCGAGUGGCAACGUUCCAUACUACCGUCAGGCGUAACGAGGUCCUAUGCAUACUACAAGCUUCUAGUAGAAGCUCUCGAGCAACAACAAGAGACACGGUGGCGCAGUCUUCGAUGCAGCAUCCACACUACUAAUGCAUCUCAACCAUGCAACCUCGCCGGAAUUCGUGACACCAUAGUCGAAUCCUGCAAUGGCCGUACAACAGCAAAUGAAUACGUGUCGUGCGUCCUUGAUGCUCCUCAAAAACGCGCAGUGCGAAAGUUGGUCUGGCAAGGUAUUCCAAUGUCGCGACGUCCAGAAAUGUAUACACAAAUAAGCGGUGUGUUGCUCUUGAAGACCCGCUACCCUGGAGACUAUUUCAUUAGCUUGAUAAAGCGUCUCGAAGAUCCGACCGAUGAAGUUCAUUCCAGGGCCAAAACUUCGCGCUUUUCGGUAUCCAAAAAGCAGAUCCAAGUGGACUUGAGGCGCACAUUUGCUGGUAAUGACGAGUGCUGGCUCACAUCUCCCGUGGGUCAAAACUCUUUGGAGCGUGUGUUGCUGGCCUAUGCCUUGCAUAACGACGCUCUUGGUUACUGUCAAUCGAUGACUUUCAUCGUAGGGCGAUUACUGUGUCUCUAUCACUCCCAGGCAGCAAAGGCAUCGACCGACCCCAUUGAAGUCGAGGAGCGAGUAUUUUGGCUGCUUCAUGUGAUCUGUGAGGAUUUUUUCCCGUCCUACUACACACAAGGAAUGAUCGGGCUACAAGUGGAUGGCGGUGUGCUCGAGAAACUCAUACGAACACGACUUCCGAAGUUGCAUCGGCAUUUCCAGCGUCUCCACCUACCACCCAUGGGUCUUGUGUUAGUGACUCAAUGGCUACUACCACUCUGCUGCGCUGUUUUCCCUAGUGAGACCACUUUCCGGUUCCUGGACGUUCUCUUCUUGGAAGGAUCGUCGGUUGUCUUUUCGAUGGCAAUCGCGCUUCUUCGCAUCUCGCAGCAUGAGUUGCUAGCUGAAAACGUGGACUGCAGUCAGCUUUUCCGCUUUAUUCGAGCUCGCGACCAGCGUCUUCACGACGCACCGUUGCUGAUGGAGAUCGUAUAUGAAGAGCAUCAACUUCUUAACGCACAGAUCGGUUCAAUGCGAGAGGUUGUUGCUCGAGAGCUGGGAAUCGAUAAACACGACAAUGCAGCAAAGCCAACCAAGCUGUCGAGCCUACCUGUCGAUGAAUUGAGACCAGGAGACGUAGAAAUACACAGCUAACUUACAAAAAACGAGCAUAUUAUACUUACAACCUCAUCAA